UCACCUUGUUUGUCUCUGGAUGAAUGAAAAAUGUACCUGCACAGAACCUUUAUUUCUAACAGUGUACAUUAGCUUUGCAGCAUCCCGAAAAAUUAGAAGCAAAGACCGGACACCAAGCAUGUCUUUACUGACUGAUUACAUUUAAAGUAAGGGAUGAUGAGGGGAAAAAUAUAUACAUUUAAACUGGACCUGAAUCAUCCUGUCUUACCUGACUUCAGGCCUGAUCUUUGUGUUUCUGUGCAAGAUAUAUUCUUCAAAAAUCAUAUUAAUAUCAGUAUUGAAUGUUAAAUAAAUGACAGUACAAAACAUGGUGCGAAGUGCACAAAAUACACACACAUACAGACACACACAACCCAAAAACAACUACAUGACUACAUCCUCCCAAGGCCCCCUGGUGGCUCAAGAGCCUUAAGCAACCAUGUAUACAACUUAUAGCAUGAAACAGCACCAAGGUAAAGGAAACACGCCGUAAAUCUACUCUGCAAAAUACUUUUUUUUUUUUUAUCUGUUGACGACUGUUGUAUAAUGGAAAUUACAACUUCAUACAUAUAACUGGGUGGGAGGUUUUCAUUUUCUCAUGAGACAACAUGUCAACAAUUUUAACUACACUCAGCUUUUUUUUCUUUUCUUUUUUUUUUUUUUUUACUGGAUCUGAAUAUAGUGUUGUACUUUUUCUGAACCACCAUUUCAUCAGUAUGACAGUAAAUAAAAUGGAAGGAUGCUACUUUGAAUUCAAAUAAUGUGAAUGUUGCCUUUCUUUUGUCUGUAAGCCAGAAAGGAAAUACAAAUAAAGAAAGAAAUACAAAGAAGGAAAGACAGAAAAAUAUAAAGAGACAAAGAAUGACAACACAUUCUUUCCUAAACUGACAUGAGCACUCCAAAAACAUGCUUAGACAUCAUUACUUAAUUAACUUAAUUUCAUCACUUUUUCCACUUUCUUUCUUCCUAGAAUCUAGAGGACUCCAGUUGGAAAAGCUGUCCCAACACAGAAACAAUGAAGCUCAACCAAAAACAAUUAUUCAAAAAAGUCUUUAAAUACACUCUGAAUAGAGCAGAGCUGAGACAUUCACUCACAACCCAGCACUCCACGCAGGAGAACACACACAUACACACACAGGAUAAAAUGAAAGUGUUACUUCUUGUGGCUAUUCUCCUACUUGGGCUACACGCUGGUACUGCGCUUCCCUUAAAUCGCUGGUCAUGCUACAGAAAGGUGCUGAAGGACAGAAACUGUCAUAAUGUUGUCAGUGGACUUGAAAUGAUGAGGCCUAUUGACUCCCUACAAAACCAUUACUGGGAGGACAAGAGUUGUGACAUGGUCUGUUACUGCAACUUCAGUGAGCUGCUCUGCUGCCCCAGGGAUAUCUUCUUUGGACCAAAAAUAUCCUUUGUGAUCCCCUGUGAUACCGCUGAGGCUGGAGUCUGAGAGGACUGAACGUUUCUUGCCAUAAAAAUGUACGACAGAAUAUCAUUUGAAAAUGAGCAACUGUAAUGCAGUGCUACUACUGCAUGACUGCUUCAGAGUGAAAAAAUGUGUAUUACCACCUCUCCAGUUAAAUGUAUAGUCAAAUUGGCCUCACACCCCUUUUGUUCAGUAACUGUGAUACUUUACAACAUAAGUAUCCAAUCCUGCUUCUUUUUGCAGGGAUGAGUUCAAUCCCUAAUACAACUAAUCUGAUCCAUGUAAAUAAUGCCUUCAUAAGCAUUUGAAUAUUAGAGCCAGGUGUAUUGGAUUAGGAUGGGAACUACAGUGCCGGCUCUCCAGAUGUACAGAUGAAUAGGUUCAGUGCUAAAAUCAACUGUAACAUGUGGAGUCUACAAAGACCAUCAUCACUGCCAUUUAUAAAAUCUAUUCAAAGCCUGGUCUGGCAGCGGCCCAGUGUGAGCAAGAAAAGUGUGUUCUUUUCUUGCUCACACUGGGCUUAGGAUGCUGUUUUUCUUGAACGCUGCAAACUGUAAGGGUUUCGGACAUUCUACAAAUACAAAACUGUAAAAUGUAUAGAUAUUGCCAAAUAAAGUCUACAAUAUUGAA